UUUCCUUUACAGCCCGGAGAAAAAGAAAGCGCUGAGAGGAUGCGGAGGGAAAGUCCGUUAGUCCUGUCUGGAACGUAGAUGAUUAGGAAAAACCAAAAGUAUCGUUUUUCUGUCUGUUGUGGACGUGUUAAUAAUUGGAAUCCGACUUUGGCGUCAUUAGCCUCAGUAAUUGAUCAAAUGCUUCUGUAUGGAAUUGGAAAAGCUUUCACAAUUUAUAGUGGGAUGUCUAAAAACGCAAAAUGUUCCACAUUAUUUAUUAUGCGUUAAUUUUUAUUUUCAAUACAGGUCAUCUUUUUGCCUUGGAACACCGUGACUGUGGAGGAACUAUAGAUAUUCUUCAAGAGAAAAUCGGUUACAUACGCUUUUCCUCAUUAGUAGACAAAGUUGAUUCAAAUAAUAACACGUACAAAGGACCAGAACGUUCAGACACGGAGUGUACUUGGGUUAUUGAUGCUCUGCCUAAUCAGAAGGUACAGUUAGAGGUCAUUUCUAUCGACAAUGUGUCGCGUGUAUGGGUGCAUUUUGAGAGUAAUGGGGAUCAGAGGGUUUAUGCUCUUGAAGAAUCCGCACCGAUCUCCGGCAUGGGCAGGAUCAUCAUUAGAGCAAAAAAGUAUGCCAACUCGCAACAGUCCAUAAGUCUCUUUUUCACGGCGGAUUGGAAAGAAAUUGGGAAUUCCUUGGCAGGAGGAAGGGAAGAGUUAGCUCAGACAGAUCCUGCCACGCACACAGAGACCUCCUCUCCCAGCAUCUCAGGAGCUCCCAGAGUUGGAAGGAAGUCGUGGCUCCCGGGGUCUUCAGAGCCAGCCCUGGGCAGCAAGGGCAGCACUCCUCACACCACCAGGGUGGGGGGGCAAGGGUUGGGUCAAGGGACAGUUGGCGCAUUCCAAAGCCUGACCUCGGCCCCCGCCCCUUGGGUUAGGCCCAGCGCGUCUGCGGCGUCUGAUAAGGAAGCGCCCUGCCGCCCUCAGGAAACUUCAGACAAUAACCCGGACACGGCUGGCGCUGCUCUCACCGAGGACAAAGUGCGGGGGGUGGACGCUCCAGCCCUGCAGCGCUUGGAGAUUCGGGCUGCAUCAACCGAGCCAGGGCCACCUCGUUUCCCGGGCACGCCCAAGGAUUCUCCGGGACGUGCCACCACCGCUACCCCUCCCACGCAGGACCUGGACUCCAUUUCCCCAGGUCUGCUCAACGUGCGAGUGCCAAGGCUUGUAGCUACUCCUCUCUCCCAUACUGGCUCCAGCACGCCUCUCUCUCAUCUCAACACCCUUCUCCCUACUCUUCUCCCUCAUGGGACUACUCGUGUCCCUCCCUCUCUGCCCCCAGGACAUCAGAAUGAGAGGAGUAGGGAUGAUACAGACCUUACAUCGGGGAGACCUCAGAGUAGUGUGGCCUCCCUGACCCUUAGCACUGUCUCCCAACUCGGAGGGGAAGUUGAAAUUCACAGUAUCGCUUCUCCUGCGGUGAACUCUCAACCAGCCCUCACACUGUUGGACUCCAGGAAUUCCCCCACAGCUUAUGUCACUACAGCUCCUGCAAGGGGUCCCAGGGGAAAGGAUAAAACGCACAGUUAUUAUCAGCCCAGGUUCAUAAGCCCUUUUCUUGGCACCGAGGGGCAGGAAGUUACUGAACGGCAGUCUUUUGACUCUUCAUCCAGCAGCACCCUCGGGCUGUCUCAGGGGCGGAGUGCAUUCCCAGAGUCAGAGGGCACUAUGGGUAGGGGCUCCUGGGCUGUCAUUGAUCUGGACCCUCCCUCUAGCUCUUUGCCUGAGGACACCACGGGGACACAGCGGGUCUUAAAGGAGAAUGGGAGCACUGAGAUGAUUCCAGACUCUACUGAAGCUGAGGGUACCCCAAGGCUCUCAUCUCUCGUCACUAGGAGCCUCUCUGAAGAUGAGCGGUCUGAUGUUCCUCUGCCUGAGGUUCUGGAGGACUUCUCUCCAUUGUCAGCUUCCACAGAAGGGCCCACUGGCACUGCUACCUCCUCUCCGGACAGCAGCACUAAGGAGGAGGAGGCAGUCUCUCUUCACAGUGCUGAUCCAGGCAGCCCCUACACAGAGGUGCCUUCAACCUCUCCCUCUGCGAAAACAGAUACGGAAAAACAUGUCAGCACACCUGUUCCAGGCUCCUUUGACGCCUACACUGCCACCCGAGAGCUCGGUGACAAGGCCAAGACUGACUUCACUGCAACUGCAGCACACAGUGAAGUGCCAACUGACAGCUCUGUCUCUGUAGAUCAGGAUUUCACAAAAAUGUGGACCGAGAAGCCAGAACUCGAAGACUCAGCAUCAACACACGACGGUCACGUAAACUCUGCCUCAGCCACUGCAGAGUUGGGGGUUUCCUCACAGCCUGAAGGCGAGACAAACCCAGUCUAUGAGUCGCGGAGCUCAGACUCUACCUCACACCCUCCUGUCCCUGUGGAGGCAGAUGGUACAGACCCUGUACCAGCCUUCUCCACAGCCCCCACCUCUGUAGCACCGUGGGAGGAGCCCACUGUGUCUGAAGACUUAUCUGGUACUCCUCCUGCCCAUAGCACUCCUGACCGCACUCGCACAGAAGUAACCUCGGCAACCCUUCUCCUCACAACAUCAUUUGGCGAGGGUACUCAGGGGAGGCAGAGCCCCAGUGGCACAGAGAGGCCUGAGGAUACUGUUCCUCAUGAUAGGAGGGGGCAUUCUGAGAGCUCACCAACCAGUGCUGUUGAGCCCGUCUCCCAUUCCUCCACAGUCAUACCCAGCCCUGCAGACUCUGAUAUCACCUCUCAGAGUACUGAGCCCGGGUCUUCCAGUGUGACCCCUCCGUCAGUGGCGAGCAGCACAGCAGGGAGCUCAGGCUGUUCACCGCCUGCCUGCUCCUCCAUGCCUCCUCACACUCCUGAAGGGCUGUCCCCCUCAGGACAAGGUGGGACAGACGGAACGCAGAAGGCUGACUGUCCUGGCUGCACUGCCACUCCCUCAACAGCACGGUGGGGAUCCAGCCCUUCGGUCACCUUCAGUCCCACUGUAUCCACAACUGUGCAACUGAUUGGCACCAGUCCCAGCAGAAAGACUCAUUGGGCCACAACGGUUGGCUUCCCCUUCACACCCUGGCCCAGGCCUACGUCUCAGACCCCUGACCACGAGACAGUCCCUCCCCCUCCCUCUCCCCAGACAGACAUGUCUAUCAGCACAUUAGCCACACAGCCAGCCAAUAGCAGUACUCUCAGCUCCUCUGCGAAACCAGUCAGAGGCAGGGUGUUCAUUGUGGAGAAUCAGCCUGCAAUAAUAAAAGAAGAAACUGUCCAGCUCCUUCUGCAGAUGGUUCUAGAAAGUGGGUCUCCAGGGGAGCAGGAAUCUUCCCAGCCUGAGAGGAUCAAAGAGGAUGCAGUCCAUAAGGUAGAGCUGCUCUUGCAGAAAGCUCCUGGGUAUCAAGGACUGCGGGUAUCAUGGACAAGUGGGAACGCUAUUGUGCAGGGCGUGCCUGUGUUCAAUACCGUGAGGGCGCUGUCCUGGCUGGGGACCCCUGGGGGUCUUCUGGAUGUGACUGGCCUGAGGGAGGCCGUGAGACAGGGCCUGUAUGUCGGUGGGGCCAAGGUGGCCAACAUCACUGUGGGUGGGCUUCAGCCGGAGCUGUGUUCCUGGCUGUUCCUCUGCCCUGUGGGGUUCCAAUGUGUACCAACCGGCCUGGGCAAUGCCAGCUGUACCUCCCUGUGCCACACAGACUACUGCAAGAACAACGGCAUCUGUACACACCACCAUGGCCAGCAGCCAGUGUGCCAGUGCCCAGUCGGAGAGGAUUUCUGGUACAUGGGCAGGUGGUGUGACUUCCGUAUGACACGGCAAAGAAUGGUGGGCAUGUGUCUGGGUGUCCUUCUCUUUGUGGCCCUGCUGAUGGCCACCCUGUCCUACCUGAUCAUCCGCCGCUUCAAAGCCAUGCUGAUCCAGGCCAAGGUGGACCAGACUCGCAGCAGCUAUCGAAGGUUCAACCACUUUGACGAGCUGUCCAGCAGGUUCUGGCUGCGGUCGUGGCCAGGCUCGGCAGACUCCCUCGAUAACCCAGUGUUUAGCCGCUCCGACGAGCUGCUGCACCUCAGGGCUCUGGAUCGAACCUGCUGUUACCAUGACGACACCCUGUCCAUCGCCUCUACCUACCCAGGCAGUGUAACGCACCUGAACACAGUCUAUACACAUGGCUCCCACUACAACCGGGACCUGAGUGACUGCAGCAUAAGCGAAUGGAUAGCAGACUCGGGGAAGGCCAGUGACCUGUCUGUGUGCAGCUGGCCCAUCGAGCCCAUCCAGUGGACCCCCUUCCCCCUGCUGCAGCAGCUGGGCGUGCACAGAGCAGCUAGGACACCUCGUCCUCACUCCUACUGCGAGGGAAUGGAGCUGGUCGACUUGGAGAAAACCUGGACUGCUUAAACACCACAACCGAGAAAAGCAACAUACAUAAAGAACUGAACAAGACAAACUUACAACAGAACCAUCCAUCCAAGAGCCUUCUCCACAUCCAUCGCAAUGCUUCUCACCGUUUAGGAAAUAUACACGUACCAUGUACAACUGAACAAUUCUAUACAUCUAUACACACACCAAGUGCAAAUCCAAGGCUUUUUGUCUCAAUUUCUUAUGAUACAUUUCUAAAGAUCAACCUGGUUUAAAUGUUCAGUAAAUUGUUUUAACAAAAUGAGAAAUGCAACAUCUGGAGAAAGAGUUUGAUUCAUAUUUGGUAGAGCAUGUACUUAAUAGUUCAACACUGGCAUGCCUCUAGGAAGUCUGGGUAAUACUCAAUGUAUUUCUUAAACAAUGCUUUCAAUUUAUCAAUACGGAGAAUUUAACUUAAAAAACAAAGAAAAAAAAAACAAAGAAAAAAAAAAAAGCUAAAACAAUAAAAAGAAAUUAAGGUCCAUGGCUUAGCCUAAUGCUGAAAUCUUUCUUUGAAGCUUUGAUAAAUUGUGCAUCAUUGUAGUAACUAAACAAUCAAUAUUGUAUAUAUUGUUUGUAUGUAAAUAUACACACAUUGUUUUCUGUAUGUAUUUGAACUACCAGCAAAAGAUUACAUUCACCACUGUUCUAGCCUUUUUAAGCCUCCCAAUCACAGAGGCCCAGCAUUUCAAAAGUCAAACCAGCGUUCAAACAACAACGUACUGAGCAGCCAAAACGUCAUGAUUUAUUAAGAUUGAGGAACUUCAGAUUUCAACACAACCAAACUGUACACAUUACAAUCACAUUCUAUUUGUAAACAGUUAAAAGCCACUUGACUCGUUGCAUCUUCGGACACAAUUUAAAUCAAGGCAAUGAAAUGUGGGCGACUUUUGCACUGUUAAAAUGUCAAUCUCGUUUGUUCCUGAAUGACCAAACAAGACCGUUUCUCUUACUCUUAUAGAACACCAUUUGUGGCAAGGAGAAAGUUUUGCAAAUGAAGCAUUUGCAUUUUAACAUUUAAAACAUUUUUUUAACAAAACAAAAUGAUUCUGUAAGCCAGAUAUCUGGUUACAGUAUGCAUAGUUACCGAUUUCCACUUUUCUUUUUUAAAGUACAACAAUUAAAUUUGACAGUCACAAAGAGCAAAAAACAUUGAGCCACUCCAUAAUGGGAAUAAAGGGAAGGAAAAUGACAAAUAUAGCGAUUCGGCAAAACCAUCUCAACUCACUAAUAAAAAGACAGCAUUUUUCAAAGCAGUAUGUAGAAUGUCUCCAGCUUAAAGCAGUUAUUUGGCAGAGAAAAACUUACAGAGCUAUAAGUAGUUUCAGUGCUAAAAGUUGGAUUUUCCUACAAGGAGUUUCUACUUGGGGAAACUGGGUAUAUUUCCUGAGAACCAUGCUCGUUAUUUAGCAGACGAGAGUAAUAGAUUAAAAAACAAACAUCAAAAAAGAAAAAAGAAAAGAAAAAACAAACAAAAACAAAACAAAAAAAAACAUGGCCAAACACUGAUCAGUAUUCCCAGAGAUAGAAAGCUUCGUCUUCAUCCUCAAUAUACAUUUUGUUUUUUUUCUUUUUUUGCAUUUUUGUCGUUUUUUUUAAAGUACUUUUUUCUUUUUAUAUUUUUUUUUGUGAAAUUUUUAAAUAUAUUUUUUUUAUUUUAAAAUGAAGGAAGAGUAAACACUUUUUUUUUUCCUCAAAAAGUCUGUAAACAAGAGGGCACAACGGUGGCGCCUCCAAAACAAAAUUGAAAGCCUAUUUGAAAGUGCUGUUCCCCCUGGCUUGCAGGUCGGGUUUGCAAGUCACAGCUGUGGCUACAGUUUUUUACACUGCAGAGCUAAACUCUUUAGUUUUAAACAACAAUUGGUGCAAUACUUAUUUCUUUAAUAUUGUCAAAUAGUCCUAAGUCAGCAUUUAUAUCUUGAUCUUGAACUCCACAAUACCACAAUAAGGUAGGCGUACAUCAAGGCAUAGUAGAGCGCACGCUUUUUAAGAACAUCCUUGAGUAAACAACUACACUGGAACUGUGGGCUCCCUCUAUAUUGCGGAUUAUACUGAGAAAAACCACAUUCAGUGCAAAGUUAAAAGCUCAUACUCCAACAUUGUCAGCAAACAAACGCAAUAAAAAGAAAAAACUGGAAUUCAAAUAAACAUGAUGAAUAAACAA